AGGGCCUUGGCGGAAGCUCGGGAAGGGGCCCCGAGAAGGAAGGGGACGACGACGGACGAGCGACCUCGCCGGCCGGAGAUGGCGCGCAGGAGGGGCGUCGCGGCGGCGGCGGCCUCGCCGGCCGUUCUGGCGGCGGUAUCCGCGAUGGGUCUGGGGUACUACUCCACGGUGUUCGUCUUCCUGGACCACUGGCUCGGCCUCGGCACGACGGCCGGCGCCGCCCACGCGGCGGCUUUCUCCCUCGUCGUCGCCGCCUGCUUCUUCUCCUUCCUCUGCGCCGCGGCCGCGGACCCAGGCUCCGUGCCCGCCGCCUUCUCCCCCGACGCCGAGGACCCGCAGGGGCUGAAAUCAAGGUACUGCGACAAGUGUUGCAUGCACAAGCCUGUUCGAACCCACCAUUGUAAGGCCUGCAAAAGGUGUGUUCUGAAAAUGGAUCACCAUUGUGUCUGGAUUAACAACUGUGUGGGCUAUGCAAACUACAAACCCUUCAUCAUCUGCAUCCUGAAUGCAACUAUAGGGUCUCUUUAUGCAUCGGUGAUAUUUCUAUGUGAUCUCUUCCAAACAGAGCAUGACUUUGGUAUUCUUUAUGUGAAGGCCAUCCACAUCUUGGCCGGUGUUAUCUUAUUCUCCUUGUGCUUGAUAAUAGGUUCUCUAUUAUGCUGGCACAUCUAUCUUAUAUGUCAUAACAUGACUACCAUAGAGUACCGAGAAGCAUUUAGAGCGAAGUGGCUCGCGGAGAAGAGUGGACAGAAGUAUCGCCACCGGUUUGAUCAAGGCACAAUGAAGAAUAUUCAAAUGAUCAUGGGUCCAAACAUUCUCUGCUGGCUUUGUCCCACUGCAACAGGACACCUAAAGGACGGCACCGAGUUCCAAAACACGAACAACUGAUCAAGAUGAAGAACAGCAUUGCCACAUAUACACAAUAUGCAGAUGUACAAUUUUAUUUGGUGACCAAAUUGAUCACUUAUGAGUUGUGACAUUGGCUUGUUAUCACUAGGCAGAUGUAGAGAGCUUGGAAACUGUCCACGAUAUUGUAACAGCAUGUAAAGUUCAACUUUAUACACGUGUGUAGAGUGGCUUGAGUUUAAGCAUUCUUUUAUGUGUUCAUAUUUAUACAGAAUUGUUCGAUUGCAAAUGUAACCAGAAUGUGUAUAUCACAAAUUGGCCUUUGAAAUGGCACAUCAUGGGUAUGGAAAUGUCAAAGCUUUGUUUGAUA